AUCUAUGCAAAGAAACUAUGUUCCAUUCCUAUAAAUACCCAUCUUCUCUUGCAUUCAGAGCCAUGGUUACUUUUGGGAUUCAAAAAACAUUCCCAUGGGCACUCGAAAAUUUGUUCUCGGCGGUGUUUUCUUUUUGUUAUUAGGAUUAGGCAUAUGUUCCGCCAAUAGAGCCCUUCUCAACUUUGGUCAUGGUGGCGGCUCUGGUUAUGGUGGUGGUGCAGCAGGUUAUGGGGGCGGAGGAGGUUCAGGUGGAGGUGGUGGUGCAGGGUAUGGAGCUCUAGGCGAGCAUGGUGGUGGCUAUGGAGGUGGCAGUGGGAGUGGAGAAGGUGGCGGUUCUGGUUAUGGAGCCCUUGGUGGACAUGGUGGUGGUGGCGGUAGUGGUAGCGGUGGUGGAGCUGGCUAUGCUGGUGGAGGAGAGCAUGGCAUUGGAUACGGAAGUGGAGGCGGUGAAGGUGGUGGUGCCGGAUAUGGAGGUGUAGGAGGCUAUGGGGCUGCAGGUGGACAUGGCGGUGGAGGUGGUGGGGGUAGUGGUGGUGGUUCCGCUUAUGGUGCUGGAGGUGAGCACGGUUCCGGAUACGGAAGUGGUAGCGGCAAUGGAGAAGGUGCUGGUGGUGGAUACGGAGCUGCUGGUGGUUAUGGGGGCGGCGGUGGUAGUGGUGGCGGUACUGGUUACGGCAUUGGAGGUGAGCAUGGUGCUGGCUAUGGAACUGGUGGUGGUGAAGGAGGUGGUUCGGGCUAUGGUGCUGGUGGAGAACAUGGCGCUGGAUAUGGAGGUGGCCAUGGUGGAGGCAGUGGGGGUGGGUAUGGUGGAGGAGAAGAGCAUGGUGCUGGUGGAGAACAUGCAGGUGGUUAUGGAGGUGGUGGUGGUAGUGGUGGAGGUGGAGGUGGAGCUCAUGGAGGUGGUUACGCUGGUGGUGGUGGUGGUGGCAGUGGUGGAGGAGGUGGAACAGGUUAUGGCGCAGGAGGAGCUCACGGAGGUGGAUAUGGUAGUGGUGGGGGUGCUGGGGGUGGUUAUGGUGGUGGGGCUGGCGGUGGUGGUGGUGGAGGAGGUGGCUCUGGUGGCGGCGGUGGCGGUGGGUGUGGUGGUGGUGGUGAACAUGGGAGUGGGUAUGGAGGAGGUGGUGGGAGUGGAGGGGGUGCCGGUGGUGGCCAUGGUGGCUAUGCUCCCUAA